AUGGAGGAACCUGACAGCAUCGUGCGCGCGCGGUCGCCGUCGCCGUCCAUCUCGCCCACCCCCGCCAUAUCCUCGUGUCCGUCGCCCGACCGCAGUUUCUCGACCCUCUCCUCGCUGUCCAAUUUCUCCGCCAACUCGGCGACCUCAGGGGACAACCGGUCGUCGGUCCUGUCCAACGGCGGCUCCAAGCGGCGAGGCUAUAUCCGUCCCCAGGGCGCCGAGUUUGCCGAGUCGGCCAAGAACCGCGAGAGCGUCAUGUGCCUGGGCAGCAUCGCCCAUCUACAAUACUACUUUGCGAGAACGGGUCUGCUGGACGGCAAGGGCGCCCAGAUGGCGCGUCCGAAAAACAAGGACGAGAAGGAGGUCCCCAAGCUGAUGCUCACCCAAGACGCGCAGUUUGUGACGGAUUUGGUCCACAGCCCGCUCGACGAGGUUGGCACGCCCCAGGACUUGGAGUUUGACGAGGACGAGCCCAUGCUGCCGCCGACGGUCAGCACCUACAGCAUCAAAACACACCACAUUGCGCCGCCGCCCAAGCUGAGGGUUCUCCGGAAGGAUCUCGUCGAGGCCCUGGACAAGGCUUCCCUGGCCGUGAAAAAGUCCGAAAGCGAUGCCCCAGAAGACCAGCAGCCGCUGUCGCCGCAGACUGCGCUCUCUCCGUCGUCGCAGGAGUCUUUGUCACAGCAACCGCCGUCUCCCAAGCCAGCCAGUUGGCAUGAGAUCCAGGGAAUGCACAUUUUGGACGUUGUCACGUUGGCUAUCCGAUCUGCGCGGAUGUACUACAUCAACCAUGAAAACCUCGACCGCCUGGUAGGACUCAAGAGCGAGCGCAAAUUCCGGGAAGAGCUGUUGGCGGUAUUGGACGUGUUGAAGAAAUGGGCCGCGCGGAAUUUCGCGGGGGGCCUGAGGAAGCACGAGCGAGCUGCUAUUCUGGGUUGGAUGGCGGGCGUGCUCGUAGUGCUGGACGAGGAGCGCCGUCUCGAAGAGGCCGAGGUCAAGGAGCGCGCGAGCUGGACCUGGGUGUCGGGCGACUGGACCGGGCGAGAGCGAGAACGAGAAGAGGCCUUUUUGCAAACGAUGAUGAACGGCGUCGGCUCUGACCUGCCGCCAUGGAUUGCCCCGGAGAACGCAGUCCUGCCGACACCGUUUUUGAGUCGACUACGCGAUGGCCGGGACCUGAUCCGAAUGCACAACCAGGCAGUCCGGAAAUCACGACGGCUCUUUGGCGAGAUCAAAACACCGCACGAAGACAUUGCCAAACCGUACCGACGAGCGGAGAACCUGCGGUACUGGAAAAAGGCGGCGGAACUGCGCUGGGAGACCAAGCUGGAGCUGGACGUGAUGGGGGUGGUUUAUGGCAGUAGCGACAAGGCAUGGAAGCAGUUUGAUGCAGCGCUGCUCGAGUGGUGCAGAGGCGUGCGCGAGGAGAUGCUGGACGACUGGCGCAACCCGCGCAAGGGCUCUGUUGCGUCGAUUACCGAGCUGCCUAUUAUUUUCGACAAUGCGACGCUGACUUGA